AUGGUGAGACGAGAGCUAAUAGUCCAGAGAUCACUUGAUGAGGAUCAAUUGAAUUCAGUCUGCGAUAUCUUGCCUCUACUGAGUGAGGUUGGCCUGCUGAAGACAGUGACAUCCAUUUGCCCUUACUCAAAGCUGCUGACCUACGAGUUCUACUACAUCCUGAAUGAGGAGAUUGAUAACCUUACUAGUACGAGGUGCCAACAAAUCUUUAUUAGGGGUAAUUGGUAUAUGUUCGGACCAGACAUGAUCAAUGAGUACUAUGGGUUGAAGACAGUUGAAGAAGAAGAAGUCUCUGACUGGGAUUUGGUUGCAAAGACCCUCACUGGGGGACUGGCCCCUGUUUGGCCAACUGGAGAUAAUGAUAACUUGUCCAGCUCUCAACUUACCUCCAAGUUUGUUAUUCUGCACCGGAUUUCCUUGCACAACUGGAUUCCGUCAGCACACUUCCACACAGUGGGAAAACCUAUAGUAGCUCUUCUAUUUAGAGUUGGCACCAAGAUGACUGUUGACUUAGGGAAAUGGAUCUUCUAUCAUAUUCUUACCCUGAUACAUCCCAGGGAACAGAAGGUACGACUUCCGUAUCCAAAUCUCAUCUUUGGUAUAUUAACUUCACAGGGGUUGGUUCCGAUGCAAAGUGAGGUUGUUACUCCUUCCCUCCUAUAUACUGUGGAUCCACGACUGUUGACUGGCAAACACAUCAGGGAUGUUACACCUGUUGAUCCUCCGCAUACCUCUGAGGCUGAUGCUACUGUUGAAGACACUCCAUAUGCUCAGGAUGUACAGUUGUCUCUGCGUCCGAAGGCUCGUGUGUCUGAGCUGGAGACUGUGAGUGAUAUUAUCUCAAGACAGUUCAAUGUGGCCCGCACUGAACUUGCAACUGUUCUGCUUCGAAUGAGCUUGACUGAAUCUACUGUUGGUGAUGAUGUGAAGUCUGACAGUGAAGGUCCCUCCAAUGCCUAA